CCUGCCGCGCCGCUUGCCUGUCUUCCCGUUUAGUCACCACAUACUCUUGUGGAAAGCCAAUUGAUACCAAGAAUUCGUUUUAAAUCCAAAAAUCGGCAAUGGUUGGAGCACCUUCGAGUAACCGAUGCGGGACCUGCAGACGCCGCAAAGUUAAGUGCGACGAGGCGUGGCCAAUAUGCGGGCCCUGCGCAAAGGGGAGAAGAUAUUGCCCGGGUCCGCCAGUGACGCGGAUCAGAUUCGUCGAGGACGAUACGCGACCGCACGAGCUACCAAUCGGAGGCGUGGGCCAGACGUACCAAGCUCGUUCUUUGGAUGGAUCGGUGGCUGGCGGCUCUGGGCAGUACAAUUCUGUGAGGAAUCUGCACAUGAUUACUGUGCGGUCCACUGCGAAAGAUGGCGGUACGUUCCAGAAGUUACGCCUCCUCAGAACCCGAAAAGGCGGCCCACUGUCCAGUCAGAUGGCGGACGAACCCUCACCUAUGCUCGUGUGUCCCGGGUCUUCAGCCGGUGAGAUCUUAGCACGGAGACUGUUCACUUUUAUCGACUGCAGCGACCAUGGGGUUGGUGCUAGGGUCCGCAUCCACGGCAUGUGGCUGAAGGAGCUUCCCCGCAGGUUUGGUUCCAGUCCUGCCCUGGACAGCACGGUCGCAUGUUUAGUCUCAUCUCACGAGGCUGUCAUACGCGGGGAGGAUCACUCUAUGUGGCUCGACUACCAACAAUACGGCAAAGCGAUCAAAGCGCUCCAAAGCGUAGUCGACAACCCUAAGGAGCAGCUCUCAACCAACACUCUGGCAACUGUUGCUCUGAUGUGGCGCAUAGAGGGCACUUUUGCUGCAGCGACUGGCCUGAUAGGCAGACAGACUGUUCAUGCCCAAGCCCUUGCGGAUAUGCUCAGGCUGAGAGGCCUCGGCCCGUGUAAGGAUAAUUUGGACUUUCUCCUCACUGUGGACUGCCAGGUCGCAGCCGUUCAAAGUUGUCUUGCGAGAGAUAUUUCCCAGCCCUGCAUCUUCGAUUCUGAGGAGUGGGACCUGGUCUUCCAGGAGCGCCACGGAAGAUCCGACCUUUCCAUGCUCUACUGGAAUGUUUUCCGGGAGUUUGUACGCUAUCCGGGGUUGGGCCAUGACCUCUAUAUGAUCUAUCUGUAUCCUGACAAGGCGACGUCGACAAUCCAGGAUGUUGCGCAUGCGGCCCUUCGCAUCGCCACCAAUCUCGAAAGGAUUUCGCACUCGAUCAAAGCCGCGCUCGACGACCCGAAGGUUUGCGUCACGAAACCGUCCGCCACCGGCGACCCUCUCAUCCCUAUCGUCUUCGAGUUUCGAGAUACCGAGGCUGCGCCUUUACUGGGGUACUACUGCUUCUACAGCAUCGCCAUCAACCGUAUGCUCAUCUACCUCUCCUACCUACUACACACCGAAGUCAACAAUGACCUCGUUCGUAUACGAGGCCAUCCCCCCAGAUCUGCCCUCGACCUUCCCUAUUUCGGUUGAGUACGACAUACCCUCAACACUCUUCUCCAGCGACCCGCCUCCCUCGCUUCCCCUCUCCAAGUCCAUCAUCGACAUCCUCCGACUCCGGAACGUGCAGCUCGCCCAAACAAUCUGGAUGAUGUACGAGCAAGCCCGCACCUGGAAGCCCGUAGGCUGUCUCUUCUUCAUCAACGCGCUGAAGGCUUCCUU